AUGUCGAUGUACCCAUUUUUCUUCGAGUACGAACGACCACGUCACAACCCGCGCCGGUUGCUUGACCAGCAUUUCGGCUUGGGAUUGACACCGCAAGACCAGUUAACCAUCAUCGCUGUUCCUCAAGCCAGCCGUGAUUACUACAGACCUUGGAGAAACCUUCAAGCGGCAGCUCAGGAUGCGGGUUCCACCAUCAAAGAAGAUAAAGACAAGUUCCAGGUGAAUUUGGAUGUCCAGCACUUUGCGCCGGAAGAAAUCUCAGUAAAGACGGUGGACGGUUACUUAGUGGUCGAAGCUAAGCACGAGGAAAGGCAGGACCAGCAUGGAUUCAUCUCCAGAAGCUUCACCAGGCGGUACGCGUUACCUGAGGGUAUUGAUGCCGACUCUGUGAUGUCAAAAUUAUCUUCUGACGGUGUUCUCUCUAUCACGGCGCCUUUGAAGCCACCUCCGAAGGAAUCCACCGAGAGGGUGGUGCCCAUAAUUCACACUGGACCUGUGAAGAAGCAGGAAAACAAAGAGGAGCAGGGGUAG